UCGGCCCGGCCCGGCUCCGCUCGGCUCCGCUCCGCCCGCCGCCGCCGGGAUCCGCCGCGGCUCCCGCCGCUGCUGCCGGGCCCAUGGCGAGCACGUCGGCGGAGAUCAUCGCCUUCCUGCUGACCAUCUCGGGAUGGGUGCUGGUGUCCUCCACGCUGCCCACCGACUACUGGAAGGUGUCCACCAUCGAUGGCACGGUCAUCACCACCGCCACCUUUUGGGCCAACCUCUGGAAGACCUGCGUGACCGACUCCACCGGCGUCUCCAACUGCAAGGACUUCCCCUCCAUGCUGGCGCUGGACGGUUACAUCCAGGCCUGCAGAGGAUUGAUGAUCUCCGCUGUCUGCCUGGGCUUCUUUGGUGCCGUUUUUGGACUGGUUGGGAUGAAAUGUACAAAAGUUGGAGGCUCUGAUCAGACUAAAGCAAAAAUAGCUUGUUUAGCUGGACUGAUUUUCAUACUCUCUGGGCUGUGCUCUAUGACUAGUUGUUCCCUGUAUGCAAACAGGAUUACGUCUGAGUUCUUUGACCCUUCUUUUGUUGCACAAAAGUAUGAAUUAGGAGCAGCUUUGUUCAUUGGAUGGGCUGGAGCAUCACUCUGCAUAAUUGGUGGCAUUAUAUUCUGCUUCUCAAUAGCUGAAAACAGUAAUGCUGCAAGGAGGGGGUAUGCCUAUAAUGGAGCCACAUCUGUGAUGUCUUCUCGCACAAAGGUGCACAACAGCGUCCCUGACAAAAGCCCACCCAAGCACUUUGACAAGAACGCCUACGUUUAGUUGCACUGUUGGAAGACUCAAAGCGUUUUUAAACGUGAUUUUGUACGUUUCAUUCAGAGUGAUUCCCCCCACCCUAAGCCCUAUGUACUUACCACUAAGACAAUGACUUUUAAAAAUAUUAACUUGCAGCUUUUUACAUAUUGAUGUAAAUUUUAUUAUAUAAUAUUUUAAGAUUGAUGUUGGUAUUGUAAAGUUUAUACCUGGAAAUCAUGAGCUGAUGUUGCAUUCUUGAAAAAAAAUAAACGAGGUAUUUACUAAUUCAGUUUGUCAUGUCAGCUGCUUAUGGGAAUGGCAUCAUACACACUGUAUUGGCAUAUUGCAGUUCAAAAAUUCAGCUAAUGUUUUUUCUUUGUCUGUCCAUGGAAAUGUGAUGACUUUUGAGGGAGUAUUUGUACAAGUCAAUAAAUGAGAACAGAGAUUACAAAUGGUCACAAAAUGCUUUCUAGAUUGAGUCCCUAAAAUCAGACACAAACUCAGGUUUUUUGUGAAGUUUAAACUGAUGGACUGGUGGAAUUUCAAUAAAAGUUGGUUAUUUUGGGACAACCGUGUAAAUAUAAAAAAUGAACAGUCCUAUUUAAUAAUGGCACAGUAUAGAAAAAGUUUUGUAUCUGAUAUUAUCUAAAUUACAUUCAAACUACAAAGUCAAGGUUCUUUUUGUUUUAUGUUAUUUUUGUACUUCAUUUAAGUAGAAACACUAUUGUGUUUUUUUAAAGAAGGCAGCCAAUAUGGACAAAGCAGAAAUGUCAAGUACUUCUGCCAUGGCAGGUUAGUGCUUUCAUUACUGUGGCUUGACACUUUUUCCAGUUGUUGUCCUUUUAUGCUAACAAAGACUGAAUUCCAAUACAAAAAAAAACCACAACAAACCAACUUCCCCAUAUAGGAGGCAUUUAAUGAUGAUCAG